CGAGUCAGUCUGCAUGAAGCCGACAAGGUUUAUCCGUCUGUUUGAUCCAUCCCACCCGUUUUCGAUUGGCUUUUUCUCUUCCGGUCGAUACCCCACAACUCGCCCCUUUCAUCCAUCUUAUCGCCUCUUGAGACUUCUGAGGCUCCAAAUUUGGACACGGAGACCCCUACUAAAUGGAACCAGAAACUCGCCUAUAUGUCUCUUGGCAAUCCCUUCAGCUUUCCUAAGCCCAUUCUUCUGUGCCACCGCAGAAUGUUUGCGAACCACUCCUCCCAAUUCCCUGGCUGCCAUGGGCCUAGUUGCAGGGAAUAUCCACGAUGUGGAAUAGGGGAGCUAUGGAUUUUCCUAACUCCUCUGCCUUUUUUUGUCUUAAUGCAAUUUCCACCUAUGCAAGCCAUCGGCUUUUACUCUAUCGCCUCCAUUGAGUCUUGACUAAGUCAUCCCCCAACCGGGUUAAUCUUGGCAGAGAUGCUAGGUCCUUUUUCGGCAAACUUAGCCUAUUAGGGCUUGAAGAAAGGUACGUCACUUAAUGUGAGAGUAAAAAAUAGAAGUCAAAUAAAAAAAAUAAAAUAAAAACUCCGCAGCCGAUAGAAG